AUGCCGCCUACACUCAGAAGACAAGCUAAGCGCCAUCGCCAGUCCAGUGGACCCGUGCGGUCCAACACAACGCUUUCUCAAACGACAACGCUCCCGUAUGUUCCAGCAGUCAACUCGUCGCUGCUCAAUUUCGUCGAUGCUUCUAUUCUCAGUAAAUUGGAACUUCCCACGUUCGAUGGAAACAUCCUUGAGUACCCAGAAUUUUCGUCUCGGUUUGCCACGUUAGUCGGCAAUAAGGUUCAACUCGAUGACACGACAAAAUUUUCCUUGUUGAAAUCUUGUCUGCGAGGUCGUGCUCUUCACGCGAUACAAGGACUCUCCAUGACUCCUAACAACUACAAGAUCGCUAUGGACAUCCUCGCCACCCACUUCGACGACAAAGUGACUAUGAAACAUAUCCUCUACACGAAGUUGUCACAACUACCGAAUUGUGACCAGGAAGGUCGCAAUCUUCAAACUCUGUACAACCAAAUGUUUGCUCUAGUUAGGCAGUUUGCUGAAGACGGAAAUGACUCAAACGAGACCGGUUUAGGAGCAAUUCUGCUUAACAAACUUCCUGCCAGAGUACGUAGUCAGAUAUAUGACAAGACAAACAAUAGCCACAACCUCUCCCCGACCGAACUGCUACACUUGCUCACCGAUAUAGUCCGUAAAGAAGCCGCACUAUCAGAGAUUGAUUAUCACGCAUGCAUGAACCGUUAUCCUUCAAGUCACGAGCUUCAAGUGGAGUUCCGGUCGAAGCCUCAGCACUUUUCAUAUUCAACACAGAAGAGAAAAGAAUGUUCCUUUUGUCGAAAUUCCGAUCACACCUCUCUCGUCUGCGACUCCUUCCCGACCCCGCGUGAUCGAACUCGUCGAGUAGAACAACUACGUCUAUGUUACAACUGUCUCUCCAGUCAACAUGGUUCUAAGGACUGCACAUCCAAACAAUCCUGUAGAUUCUGCGCCAAGCGUCAUCACUCAUCGCUGUGUCCUAAAUGCUCUAAUGUGUCUAAUCCAGGAAGAGAGAUUCCGCAACCUGGCCACUCCUUCGCCCCUAACCCCUCCUCGUUCCGAACUCACGAGCAGUUUGUUAGUGUUUCACCAAAAGAAACGACAAACAACCCUCAUCAACAAGAGGACAAUAUCAUCCCAAUA